UGUUCCGCGGCGGCGGCGGCAGCGGCGGUGGUAGCAGCUCCCUUCCCUCCGCCGAGGAGCCGGCUGGGCCUGGCGGGGCUUCCCCCCCGCCGGCCCCCGCCUCGCCUCGGGCCCGUCUGCGGCGAUGGAGCUGGAGGUGCCGGACGAGGCGGAGAGAGCCGAGGCGGGGGCCGUCCCUCCGGAGGCGGGAUGGGCUGUGGAGAGCGGGGCGGCGGCGUCCUCGGCGACAGGUCUGACACAGAAGAAGUCAACUGUAAGCGAGUCUCCAAUGUUUUCUGCACAGUCCGGUGGACAUGGAAAGAAGUUAGGUCAUCGGGGAGUGGAUGCUUCUGGAGAAACCACCUACAAAAAGACCACCUCCUCUACUCUUCGGGGGGCCAUCCAGUUAGGAAUUGGCUACACUGUAGGCAACCUGAGCUCCAAACCAGAGAGAGAUGUCCUCAUGCAGGAUUUUUAUGUGGUGGAGAGCAUCUUUUUCCCCAGCGAAGGAAGUAACCUCACUCCUGCUCAUCACUAUGCUGACUUCAGAUUCAAAACCUAUGCACCUGUGGCUUUUCGGUAUUUCCGAGAGCUCUUUGGUAUUCGUCCUGACGACUAUUUGUAUUCCUUGUGCAAUGAACCACUGAUUGAACUUUCCAACCCAGGUGCCAGUGGCUCGCUCUUCUAUGUAACUAGUGACGAUGAGUUCAUCAUCAAGACUGUGAUGCACAAGGAAGCAGAGUUCCUGCAGAAGCUGCUUCCUGGCUAUUACAUGAAUUUAAACCAGAAUCCCCGGACCCUGCUGCCUAAGUUUUAUGGGCUAUACUGUGUUCAGUCUGGAGGGAAGAACAUCCGGGUAGUGGUAAUGAACAAUAUCCUUCCCCGCUUAGUAAAGAUGCACCUUAAGUUUGACUUAAAGGGCUCUACAUACAAGCGACGGGCAAGCAAGAAGGAAAAGGAGAAGUCUAUCCCCACUUAUAAGGACCUGGACUUUAUACAGGACAUGCCUGAGGGGCUGAUGCUGGAUGCUGACACUUUUACUGCACUGGUGAAAACUCUGCAGAGAGACUGUUUGGUAUUGGAGAGUUUUAAGAUCAUGGACUACAGCCUGUUGCUGGGGGUACACAACAUUGACCAACAGGAACGAGAAAGGCAGACAGAGGGAGCCCAGAGCACAUCAGAUGAGAAGCGUCCAGUUGGCCAGAAGGCACUCUACUCUACUGCUAUGGAGUCUAUCCAGGGUGGGGCUGCCCGGGGGGAAUCUAUAGACACUGAUGACACGAUGGGUGGAAUCCCAGCAGUGAAUGGCCGUGGGGAGCGUCUACUGCUACAUAUAGGAAUAAUUGACAUCCUGCAAUCUUACAGAUUCAUCAAGAAGCUGGAGCACACAUGGAAGGCUCUUGUCCAUGAUGGGGACACCGUCUCUGUGCACCGCCCCAGCUUCUAUGCUGAGAGAUUUUUCAAGUUCAUGAGCAACACAGUCUUUCGGAAGAACUCCUCUUUGAAAUCAUCACCAUCAAAGAAGGGCAGAACCACUUUGCUAACAAUCAAGCCUGGACCAACAGCUGCCUUCUCUGCCAGCCAGAUUCCUAGUGAGAGGGAAGAAACGCAGUAUGACCUACGAGGAGCCCGAAGUUAUCCCACAUUGGAGAAUGAAGGCAGACCUGACCUACUGCCCUGUACUCCCCCAUCAUUUGAAGAAGCAACUACAGCCUCCAUAGCUACAACCUUGUCAUCUACAUCCCUCUCCAUCCCUGAGCGAUCUCCUUCUGAGACCUCUGAACAUCCCCGAUACAGGCGCCGCACACACUCCUCUGGACAUGACACCCGAUCCCAUGAUGAGGUCCAUGUGGAAGAGGAUCUCCAGCAGAUCACCGUUGAAGUAGAAUCCAAACAUAGCAGUGAUGCCAUGGCUCCCAAAGAAGAGGCCACAGGGGAAGAGGCUUCUUCUGCCAGCAUUAUGGUCACACCCCCGGCCACCGUGGAAGUGGAAACCACCAGCCAGGCCUCAGAGCCAGCCAGCCAGGCCUCAGAUGAAGACGAGGCACCUGUCACAGACAUCUAUUUUCCCACCGAUGAGAGGAGCUGGGUUUACUCCCCACUCCACUAUAGCACGAAAGUCCACUCAGUCUCUGAUGAUGAGAGCGAUACAUAAUUUCUAUGCAGACAUGAAGCCUGAAGCCAAGCCUAGUCCCCUCUCCAGGUUGCCGUGUUACCCUUGUGUUGAUAUCCUGCCCAUCUGGGCUGGCCAUGAGGGAGUUUGCCGACUCACUGCAGCACAGGACCUCCUCCGCCAACGCGCAUUCUACUGGAACCCUGCCUGAGCCUCCUGUCCUUGCCCUUUCUUCCCACUGACCAAUUCAACCAUGACCAUCCUGGGACCAAUGGCAACUGACUGAAAAGACUCAACUCCCUAGCCCAGAAUGCCCAGAAGAAAAGAAAUCAGUGGGGUGAAAUCGAAGUGAAGACAGUUUUUCCCCUGGGCACUCCUGUAAACUACCUAUGAGUGUGUGAUACUGUGAACCUUUUUAAUUUUUCAAUCAUGUAUUUAUUUUGGGUCUUGAAUCUUUGCACACAGACACAGCAGCACAAAUGUGCUUUUUUUUAAUCUGAUUAAUUGCACUUUCAGUUCCUCUCUGUACUACAUGUAUAUCAUGAGAUCACGUGAAGCCUCACUGGAGUUCUUGAGAGGGCAAUUCACCUUGGUUUGGGGGUGGGCUGGGUAUGGGUUUCAGUAUGUAUUUGGUCAGGGGAAAGACAGGGUCCCCUAUGUGGCACCUCCAUCUGAAAUCUGUGCUCCAAGCCUCUGGACUAUCGAAUUGCCAGUGACCUGUAAAGUGAGUUGGGUCAUUGGCAUAGGAAAGAGGGAAGGAAUUGUUAUUGUCUUUUCCUCAUCUAUACAGCAUCACACCCCCUUCCUCAUCUUCCUCAGCAUUCUGAGAAUGCUCCGUGUGUCAAGACAUUGCUGUCCCUAUCUUUGUAUGGAUUGCUUAGCCCCCUGUUGGAGCUCGAUGAGUCACCCUCUGCAUGGCGUGGGCCUUCUAAAAGGAAUCCCCCUCAUUUCUCUGAUAUGCCCUGGGACAGGUGUGCAAAUAAUUGCUGCCCAGCCUCUGAGAAUCAAGUCUGGAUGUCACACCAACCCCCGCCCCUAGCUCCACAUGAAGAGAAGAGAGACUCCUCCUCUCUGAACAUGUGCGCAAAACAAUCAGGUGGCUACCUGUCAGCAAGUCAACCAACAACUUCCAUUCACAUCCUUUGGACAGAUUCUCACUCUUUGAAGGUCCUGCUGGCUCCCACUCUUGUCUGGAAGUAGCAUGGGGAAGAUGGAAAAGCCGUGUUUAUAUUGUUGCAAAAGAGCCUUUGGUAUCAUGUCCUUAUCCAGAAUGACAGUGUGUCCCCCUGCUUUAUAGAAGUAGGAGCCUGACACGAGCUAUAUGCCUUGAUCUGAAGGUAAGGACUCGGCUUGGGUAGAAGCUCUUGGUAGCCAUGGGAUGUGGCAAGUUUAAGAGCUCUGCCUUCGGAUUUGGAAAUGGAUUUAUACCCCCUUUCUCUUCCUGCAGAUUUGCUUCCACUGGCCAGAAGGGAAACAUUUUGACAUCACCUACUGGCUCAAAGAUCACGAUUUUUGAAAGUGCUGCUCUUGAAAUAUUGAAGCGCUCUACCUGGUGCUCCUGAGGUGUGGCAUUCCCUAGGGGACUGACCAAGGGCUCAGAGAGUCCUUAUGUCUCUCACCUCUUUAUGGCCCAAAGAGGCUGCCCCUCUGAGAGGUAUGGAGCCUGUUCCUUUUACUCAGAGCUAAGAAUUAUGGACUUCCUAAUAUAAAUAUGACAAAUUAUUUGGAUUCCAGAAGAAUUAUGGACUUCCUAAUAUAAAUAUGACAAAUUAUUUGGAUUCCAGAAGAGACAAAGGCAGUGUUGGAAAAUUUUUCCACUAGAUGUUAAAGCAAUGGCUUCACCAAAAUUUAAGCCACUCAGGAAGGGAAAGGGGUGGGCAGUAGCAAGGAAAUCAGACCAUUGUGCACAAGAAACUUGAUAGGGCAGUUUGUAACUUAAAGCAAGGCAUAACUGUUGAAGUGGCAGUAUAGGUCAGCAACAAGCAGGGCUUUAAUCCACUUUGCUAUUCAGGAACUUCCAGAGACAGUUUUCCACCCUUAACACAACCUCAAGAACCCUUCCUCUCCCACUACCUUUCCAUCCAAUUACAUGUAUGUCUCUGGCAGGCAAAUUGAUUGACAUCAUUUGUUAAGGGCAGACCUCGAAAGCUUUACCCAGAACAUGUGCAAGGUGUCAAGACUAACCUAUGUGAUUACCUACCCCACCCCCAGUAGGCUUGGCAGGGAGGGAAGCAAAGGGUCCAUUACUGGUCUAGAUUAGGCUCUUCCCUGUUUUGAGACUCUGUCUACAGAAACAACACUUAAAUAAAGGGUUAAUGAGUGGUAUUUUUGAUGUAGGGAUAAAAAAAAUCUAUUACUGUAUAGAUUAAAGAAAGCAGAAACCAUUUAAGGGGAGAGUGAAGGAAGAGAGGGCAUUGCAGCCACAAAGAAGGAAACAAAUCUAAUAGUGCAGCAACAUUAAUUAGAACAUUUUUCCCAGAUCCUACAUUAGAGUUAAGUUAGAAGCAUGACAUUCCGUACUAGAGUCUUUCCAAAGUGAAAAGCUGAUUUGAUAAAUCCCCCUUACCAACCUCCAACUCCCCUCUCCACCUAUUGAAUAGUAUUUUGUGUAUAUAUUUAUGAAUUGUUUAAUCUUCCAGUAGCUUUCUGGAACCUGCACUGCACUGUUUGAUUGCACUGAUCAGCUGUAUCUUGUAGGAAUCAGCCUGAAGGACAAGAAGGUUUGGGCAGUGAACUUCAUCAGGCUGGAGAUAGGGUCUGUUUAGAGGAGGGAGGCCAGGGGAACCCAUGUGGUUACCCUUUUCCUGGUCUCUUUGGAGGAGGUUUUUUGUUGUUCUCUUCUUGGCCCUGUCAUAAUUUGCAAAGUCAGAUGUAAUGGCUUGUAAAAGUUGGUAAGGCAUCUCCUUCCCUGUGAUUUUCCUUCUGCUACUUUGCAGUGUCUUAAGAGUGUAGUUCCCUUUUCUCCAGACCUCGUACUCUCUCCAUGAUACCCUGAACACCCAGAGUGUCAUUAAAAUCUGGUCUAAUCACUGUUUGCCAUAUACACCCUACCCAACAAGAGGACUCAAAUCUAAAUCCUUGCCCCAGCCCCUUUUGGAGGUGGAUUUAAAUGUAAAUCCUCAUUCCCCUCCCACCAACUCCCAACUUUCACAUUAUCCCAAGAAACUGUGAUCUUAAGUCAUGUUCAGAGAAACCCCAUUAGGCAUGUCAAUAGCAGUAAGGCCCUGCCAUGAGUUACGAGGUAAGGAAAGGGACCCGUGCUUUGAACUCAGGGCCUUCUAGGACAACUUCAUCAAACCAUCAUGGAAUGUUUAAGUAGCAGUUAGUGGAAGGGCAAGAAAUCAGAACUGGGAGGAAAUAAAUAGGAGUUUACAGUGAAGCACUGUAGGAACAACACUCAAUUUAGGCCUUUGAAAAUUUCUGCUGAAAGAGUGAGAGAGGUGAACCAUGGGGGUAGUCUCUGUAAGUUGUGGGAUGUUGAACAGCCUUGUAUCUCUGGGUUUCAGUUCAGCUGAAAGUCCUGCUCUUGGGUCACCUCUUCUGGACCCUCUAUACUAUUUGCACAGUUACCUCUGUUACAAGAAAAACCACCUGACCUCAUUUUGUGGCUGGAAGCUUAUUUUGAGUUCUGUUGAGUUGAGUACUGCAUAUAUUUAAGCUUAUUCUCCAUCCCUCUCCACCAAAGGAGACCUCGAUGAUGUGGGGCGGGGUGGAGGAGCUUGCUGAUUUGCAUCUACUACUCUUUAAUCUGUAUUGAGGAGAAAAAGCCUCCCAUCCAGCUUUCUGGCAAAAGGAACAGUGGGCUUUGGCCCACUUAGAGGUAAUGGGGUUGUUGGGCAUCUCAUACUUCAAAUGGUGCAUGUUGGGUUCAAACCCCCUGAGGCUCUGAGGAGCUGUGCACUUGGACCAACAUAAAUAUGAAUGUUGUACCCCAGUUUAACAUAUCCUACAAGGGUCUUUUUGUGCACCCCAGAAAGAGCACUGCAUCUGCCAAGGACUGAACGGAAAUGUUCAUUGAUUACAUCAUGGAGUUCCCACUAAGGGCCUUUGUCACCAUGAUACAGUGUAAUGGUUCCUUCUGACCAUUGCCCCAUCCAGCAAAUGCAAGGAGGCCCAAAUCAGAAGGCCCAAGAUGCCACCUGGGCCAGACCUCCUAUUGAUGGGCUACCAUUUGAGGCCAAUGAACAACUAAAGCAGUAUCCCCCAAAAGAGCAACCCUAAGUGGAGCCUCUAAACAUCUCAGGAGUUGAACACAUACACACACCCCUAGUUAAUUAUUUUUCCCAUGGAAUGGAGUCAUCCACAAGGAGGUGAUGAAUCCUGAUUGUGUCAAGUGUCACAACUCAGAGUGGCCCUAGUUUUCCCUAGUCUCCCCCCAUCCCCUCCCAACACACUGAAAUGAUUUUUUGCAUAUCACCUUCACUCCUGCAUUGUUGGGCUAACCAAGAAGGAGAAUACAAGCAUUCUUGGGGCAAGGGAGGAGAGGGGAUGAUUUAUCAUCCCAGGACCCUCUGCAAGGACUCAGAACAGCCAGUCUGCCCCCACCCUCACUUGUCUUUAGAUUCCCUGUGGUUUUGUCCUCCUUCCUGGGAAAGGCAAAACUCUUAACUCAGGCAAGGUUGCUUCUGACUCUGGAAGUCUCCAGUUGACACAAGAAUAAAGACACCUGCAGUCCCUGUCAUUUCUUGAGUCUCACUCUCUAAGAGUAUCAUGUUACAAAUGUAUGUAAGUAGGUAUGUAGUUUAUCAUAGAGGAGGGAGGGGGGAGAAAAACUCAAACUUUUGUUGAUAGUCAUGUUUCUAUUUUUGCUUUAAGACAUGAAGGCCCUUUUUUGAAACCCUUUUCCCCCAGAGAGCUGUAAAUUGAUGCUAAUUGUUCUUUUCUCAGUUGGCGGCAUUAACUUUAGUCUCAUUGAGGGGAGGGAGAAAAGGCAAGACAAGACCUAUUUAUAAUGUCUAGUGAAUGAAUUGCCUUAUCCCAGUGAGGAUGAUUCUGGAACCCUGACUGUUCUCCCUUGAGUGUAAAAUCUGUACAUACUCUCCCGAAUGACAUGCAUUCUCUCCUCACCUGUCUUGUGUCCAGUGGCUGCUAUUGCUAAGAAAGUGGAUGGUGUUCGAAUUCUUGUACUGUAUAAAAGGCAUUUCUCUGAUAUCAUUUAGGCUGCAGUCCUUCUCCUCAGAACCAUCCUGAACCUAGACAACCCUACUUUAGCUAAUGCAAUACACGUGGUCACAGAUGGAGCCUUUUCCACUCUACUGUUUGUCACUGCAGGCCUGCAGCUUGUGUCCUGCUCACCCCUGGGUUAUUCCUGUUUGUUCUCUCUACAGUAGCUCCUUGUUGGCCUUCUUCUGGUGGCAAAAUUGCAUUGGUGUGUGACUGAUCCAGUCUCACAGUGUAACUGAUUUAAACAAACAAAAAACCUUGUGUGUCUUAAUCCUCAAAGAGGGUUCCCAUGUACUCAAUCCCCCUUUUGUCUGGUAUUUGACAAUCGAGGCGUGGCCUCCUCUUUCACGCUGUCUCUUGAACCCAGAACCGUGAAUUCUUCUGUAGACCCUUGCCACCACUGCUGACACAGAAUAACACUUGUAUGCAAAUCCCCUGUCCUGACCUUUCCCCACCUCUUUUUACUUUGAAAAGGUGAUCUCUAAUAAAUAAGGUGACAAAGCA